AUGGAUGAAUAUGACAGUGAUAUGUUGUCUGGUGAUGAAACUCCAGUGGAAACCGAUAUUAAGAGUCGUUUGAAUGAAUUUAACCAUUGGCCGUUACCUAGUCCACCCAAGGGUUCGAAUUCAAGAACUGUAAGUAAGUCUGCUAGUAAGUCUGCUAGUGUUUCGACUAGUAGUAGUCGAGCAAAGACUUUCUUUUGUGACCAUAUAGAUUGCGAUAAAGCUUUUACAAGGCCUUCGUUGUUGACCGAGCAUCAACAAAGUGUUCAUCUAGGGUUGAAACCAUUUGAUUGUAAUCAAUGUGACAAAUCAUUUACAAGGAAAGCACACUUAGAGAGGCAUUUAUUAUCACAUUUAAAUAACGAAGAAAGACCAUUUCAUUGCUCUGUUUGCAAGAAGGGGGUUAUUACUCAGCAACAAUUGAAGCGGCAUGAAAUUACUCAUACAAAAUCAUUCGUAUGCCCUUAUAAAAAUUGUUCAGAAGCCUUCUAUAAACACCCACAAUUAAGAUCUCAUAUUAUGGCUACUCAUUUACAAACGUUGACUUGUAAACACUGCAAUAAAACUUUCCAAAGACCUUAUAGAUUAGAACAUCAUAUUAAGAAACAUCACAACCCUGAUGUGGCAACCCCUUAUCAUUGCUCCUUUUCAGGUUGUCUUCAAAGUUUUAAGACUUGGACACAAUUGACAUUACAUACAAAGAAUGAUCAUCCAAAAUUGCAAUGUAGUAUUUGUCAGAAGCAUGUAAUAGGUGAAACUGGUCUACAGAUGCAUAUGAAGAUACAUGAUGAUACGUUAGUAACAAGAAAUUGGAAAUGUCAUUUGUGUAAGGGUUCCAUAUUAUCUUUCCCACAUAAACAAACGCUUAUUAAGCAUUAUAACGAAUCGCAUCCACAAGAACUGUUGCCGUCUUCUUUAGAAACUUUACCUCCUAAUACUGUUCCAAUCGAUCAGUCUAAUGUAAAUGAAACCCCAUUAGAAAAUAAUCAUACCAAGAAACGUAGAAAAAUCAAUGGUUCAUUGAAUGAUUCAUUGAAUGACUUAAAGAAUCAAGUUAUUCUCACUAAAUAUUUAAAACCGCCAAAUAUCUCAAUAUCAUCUAUUCCCAAUAAUAAGAACAACCAAUCUCAUUCUGCAAUGGAACUCUUACUUAAUACUAUUGGCAGAAAACUUAAGUGUCCAUAUAAUAAAUGUUAUAGGACUUUCAAGACAAAGGAAAGAUUCAGCAUUCAUGUUGAAAAGCAUAAGAUACAUCAAGAAAAAUUGAAACAAUUGGAACAAGAAAAGACGAUUUCAAAAGAUUCUGUCAAUAAUUCCGGCACAUUAGAACCUAGGUCUGAAUGA